GCAGGGCGCUACGCGGGUGGUGAAAUUCUUUCUCGAACACCCUUUGGUCAUCCGUUUUAAACCUGUUUUUUUCUCAACCGAAUUUCACCCGAUCACUACGCUACGGGAUGGCGUUUCGGGGGAAGUGCACAUGAUGCGCACGGCGCACUAUUUAUGCUAAUCAUGCAGUGAAGUCCCGAAACAAAUGCUCCCAAUACGCUGUGACAGCGCUACGAGGCAAAUAUAGUUUGUUGAUGUGCUGGAGGUUGUGUGUGACUGAUGUUACUGAACCCGCCGCGACGCUUGUAAAGUACAGAUGAGCAAAAUGACGAGAUACGCGGAGGCCAAAUCGGUGAAGGUGGACAACUGGGGCGUGUUCUUCCUGCAGAAGCUGCAAAACUUUUUCAACAAAACCGACCACUGCGACCUGACGCUCCAGUUCAACGACAACUCCCAGCUGAAGGUGCACCGGUUAGUGCUGUCCGCCUGCACCGACUACUUUAACCAUCUCGAGAACGUGUGCGAGAUGUACGACGACGUGCUGAUCAUGCCGAUGGAUCUGCAGGCGGACGUCAUCGUCCCGAUCGUGAACUUCAUGUACACGGGCACGCUCGAGUUCCAGUACAACAUGUACGACCGGCUGCUGAAAACGGCCACCGACAUGAACAUGACCGUGCUGCUGAAGCUGCUCGAGGCGCACCGCCAAACGUCGUCGCGCAUCGUGAAGCAACCGGUGCUGCUCAAUAAGCAGGCGCCACGGCCCCAGCGCGGUGGGCCCGUCUACCAGGGUAAUCACGGUCAGCAGCGCGGCGGUCUGCCUGUUCAGCGGGGACCACCGUCCGGGCUGCCGGCAGUCGGUUCGAGACCACGGCUACCCUUGGCAAGGCAGCCGGUUCAUUCGUAUGGUGGCAAAUCGAUGGCGCACGCUGCUGCCGGUCCGAAAGACGCCAAGCCGGGCCCUUCGCGCUUCGACGACGGGGAAAUGGGCGACGGGUUUGAGGGUUCGUUCGACGGAAUUACGUACGAAACGAAACCCCUACUGACGGCGGACCAGGUGAAGAAGGAGGAGGAAACAUCUCCGUUCGAGAAGCUGCGCAAAGGGUACACGAACGCGAACGUAGUGAAGCGACCGUCGAGCGGUUCGCUCACUUCCCCCCCGGCCAAGAAGCCCAACCUGGAGGAGGUGAAGGAGUUCACCGAGGCAGCCCGCAUGCGCAGCCAGCUGACGACCGAUGACGACGAUUCGCCCGACUACGUGGACGACGAUACGCACUUCAACGAUGACGACGAUGAGGAUUACCAGCCGCCGGCCUCGGUUAAGGCGGCGCUGGCCAAGUCCGCCAACCAGCAGGGCGCCACCACGACCAAGCAGAUCGUCAUCAAGCAGGAAUCGAAAUCACCCGGCCAGGGCUCGAACGUGCUGAAGCAGAUCACGGUGAAGGACGACUCGGGCAACGUGGACCACGCGAAGAUCAUAUCGGAGGUGCUGAAAAAGUAUCCCCAUCUGGUGAAGAAGAACAAAAACAUCAAGCUGAAGAUCAUGCAGAAACCUUCGCCGAACGCGGGCAACAACACGACGUCGGGCGCAUCGUCCUCCAGCUCGGCCGCGCCCAAGAUGGAUAUCCGUACGGCAACGCCGCUCAAGCAGGACCAAUCGAUGGUACGCCGGGCGACGGCAAACAUCCGCAGCGAUAUGGCGAAAGGAGGAUCAUCCACCACCUCCCAGUCCUCCUCUUCCUCCACUGCCGCCACCAGCGGUAAACCUUCCGGCGGCGGUACGACCAAAACGAUUGACGCCAAAACGAUGCACGCACUGAUAGCGAAGGGGGCGGAAAACACGACCGGACCGUGGCUGUGCCUGCGCUGCGGCAUCAAUGGGCGCCCGAUCAGCAUACCCAGCUACAAAGCGUUCUACAACCAUCUGAUCCACAAGCACAAGGAGCGCAUCGAUGUGCGGAUCUGCGAGCACUGCGGGUUCAAGGCGCAGCAGCGCAACCCGCACCUGCUCUACCACUGGCACACGGUGCACAACAUCAAGCCGGCGCUUCGGUUCCCGCGCUGCGGCGAGUGCGACCACGUCGCGAUGACGGCGGACGAUCUGGCGAAGCACGAGGAGGAGGUGCACGCGACCAGCGGCGGCGGCGACCUGCAGCAGUGCAUCUACUGCAACAAGGUGUUCGCGAAGGAGAUGGAACUGUACGACCACAUGAAGGAGCAGCACAAGCAGCGGGCCAUCGCGGACGGUGUGCUGGAGUUUACCGACGACGAGGACUACCAGACGGAGGAGGAGCUCACCUCGCCCCAGACCAAGACGUACGGGUCGGCGGCCGGCGAUGGCAAGAUCAAAAUACUGUCCAACAUCACGCUGCCCCCGGCGAAGGGCACGUACGGGGGGGCGGAGGGAAAGAGCGGCGCCGGUGGCUCGGCGCGCCCGAUCACGCUCGAACCGUCGUCCGAGGCGGAAGCGCUCAGCAAUGUGGCGUCCGGCAUCGCCACCAGCCUUACGCUCGUCGGCGACAAUGGGGUCGUGCUCGACGAUCCGAACUACCAGAACCAGUACAUCGAGGCGGAGCUGGCCAGCGUGCACGGGGAGCAUGCGUCCGGUGGGGCGGCCGGCGAUGGUAUGCCGAAGCUGGUCACUGCCGAUGGUACCGAGCUGCUGCUGACGCAGUCCCAGAAGGAUGAAAUCAUCUCCCAGCUACAGAGCACUGGCGGAUCAGGCAACGACGUGGUGAUGGUGUUGAAUGAGGACAACUUUUCCGUCGGCUCCACGAUACAGCUGGGCGAGGGCGUGCAGAUCGUUGAUACGGUCAUGUACAGCCAGCAGGCGGCGGACGCCGGUUCCGAGCACAACGAUAGCCAAAAGUCGGACGCGAAGGCGGCGGAUGUGACCGCAUCGGAGGAUGAAAACUCGCAAGCCUCCGUUUCGCUGUCGGAAGACAAGCCGGUCGUCGACAAGGAGGUGUCGCUUGAGGAGGGUGACGAUAGUCAAGCGUCCCGCCGGACGGACGCAUCCGACAAGCCGGACGAGGUCGACGACGACGGCAACACGAUGGACGACGACGUGGACAUGUCCGGGGAGGUGACGUCCGAAACGAACGAAACGUUGCAGCAAGCGGUGAAGGACCAGCUGAUGGAGAUGGACGAUGAUGAGCUGCCGGACGCGGACACGUCGGCCGACGCUGCCGUGAAGGACGACGAUCUGGACGAUUCGGAAGACCGGCAGCAGUCGGACAAGUUGAAGCUGAUCUCCGAGCUGGAGGGCGAUUGGUCGGAGGAUACUGCCGAGGAGCAACAACCGCCACCACCGGUGGCCGAUGAGCCGGUGGAAAAGCCAGCCAAAAGGGAAAAGGCGACCGAGAAGAAAUCCGUGGCUGCCGCCCCAUUGGCUGGUAAAUCGAGCGCCGCAGCAAAGCCGGAACCAGCCAAGAAAGCAUCGUCGGAAACGGGUAAAAGCAAGGAAAAGGAAUCGCUGGCCGAUGCAGCACCAGACACGCAACAGAAAAAGGCCGUCGAGACGGAGAAGCUGUCCGGCAAGGAAAUCGACAAGCUGCUGGACGAUUGGAACAACGAGGCCAAACUGGACGAGCUUUCGAACGAGGCGGGAGAUCUUGAGAAAGAGAUCGAAAAGGUGACGACCGGUGGUAGUAGUGUUGCUGAGGCGGUGGCGGUCGAACCAACCGAUGAAGAGGAACCAGACACCACAGCAAAACCCAUCAAAACAGAAUCAGAGCCGGAAGAGGAACAGGAGGAGAAGGGCGAUGACGCAUCGAAGGAUGCUGCCAAGCAAAAGGAGAAGGUGACCAAAUCGGACGACGAAAGGGAAACCGUAUCGCCGAAGGGUAAGAAAAAUGGCACAGCGACCGCUGCCAGCGAAAAGGUUGAAGCAACCAGUGAGCCGGGAGAUGACGAUGCCGGUGACGAAGACGAUAAGGACAAAUCGGCCUCCAAGUCGAAGGAAGUGAGUUCACUUUUAGGAGAAUGGGAUGAGGAUGAUGAUCUGUAAAGGGGGGAGGAGUAAGUGGCGGUAUCAUUUAAUUUAAAUCGGAUUUCCUUUCUACCUUUGUGGGGAACGGCGUACUGUGAGGUUCAGCCCGGAUUCUAGGAAACAAUUCUCCCUAGCAGGAAUCAACAGUCUGCUAUUAGAAAGUCUUUUUUUAUUAUUCUAGAUUGAUAACUGUAUCACGUCAAUAAUUUUAUUUCAUUAUUAUUGAUUGCGGGCAUAAUGUCAGCGAGCAAAAAACACAACCCCACUAAUCAGAGAUUGUACCUUUUCAUGCAUGCUCGUUUUAAAACUAAUUACAUUUUUAUGUCUUUUAAGCAAUGUGUUUAACUUGGCAUAUAUAGUAAUGACAUUUGCGUAGAAAAAAAGAAACACGAGGCGCUUCACUGCGGAAGUUUAAAGGCGUAUUUUAGCGUAAUGAGUUAGUUUACUAGCUAUACUAAUGAUAGAGGGUAAUGGUUUGAGUAUCAAUAUAAGUUAAAUUCAAAAUGUUUAUGUGCGUAACUGCAAGAGAUGCAAUAAAUACAACUAUUUGUACUGUACA